AUGGAAGGAGGCGUAACCACAACUAGUAUCAAUACAAAUGGUGACAUAUCAAAUGUUGACCCAUCCCAAGCGGAACCAAACAUCAAGGGAGAAGAGUUGAACAAGUAUAUAGUUCCCCAAACGAGAGAGGAUUUGAAUAGCAUUUUGACGCAGUAUUAUAGACUAUUGGUCGAUACCAAGAAUUUGAAUGAGGAGCACUCAAAAGGUGAAGAAGAAUCGCGACUUGAAGACAUCUAUGCCCAAGAAAAGACUGAAAUUGAAUCCAUAUUGUCAAAAGUUGAUAAACAACAAAGAGGAUUUGAAGACGAGGAGUCAGAAUUUAUGAAUGAGUUGUUGACUGCCGAUAGUCACCAUCUAGGGGAGUUAGACUUGGAAUUAUUAGGAAAACAAGUCGCUGGAUUUUCCCUAUUAUCAAAGGAUUAUGACCUCCCGGAGAGUUUGCAACGACAGAUUGCUAAAGAUGUUCCACGCAAGGAAAAUAAGUCCCUCGUGGAUGAUAUUCUCGCACAAUUAAUCAAUAUAAAUACCGAUUUCGAGACCAGAGCCAAAGAAUCAGGAAUCGAAACAAGUUCACCAUUGACAGCCCUGAAUCCUAAAUACGCACCAUUAGGAAACCUUUACAUUGAGAAGAUCAUUACCAAUAAAAUCGCGCAAAGGUUGAAGGAGCUUGAAAGUUUACCAGCUAACUUGGGUACAUUUGAUGGUGAUAGUCUUGAUGAUAUAAAAAUCAAAGCUUUGAUCGAGUUGAAAGGACUUCGUUUAUUAAACAAGCAAAAACAACUCAAGCAUGCUAUAAUCUCUCAUGAGUCCCAGCAAGUCAAGUACAACCAUCCGCAUCUCAAGAACCUUCCAAUUUGUUUACUGGAAAAGAGGUCCUUUAGCCUAAGGUCGAAAAUUGAGCAACAAAAUCCUCAGUUGUUGGCUGUUCAGUUGGAGCAAAUGAAAAAAGAAGAGGCCAGAGAGUUGAAACGUCAAUUGCAUAUUGCCAAAGUUGAUCAGAUACUAGAAAGCUCCCUUGAAAGAAGCGAUAGAAAACUGGUCGUUAGCAAUUACAGAAACUAUCUUUUGGUAAAACAGUUAAACAACUUCCAUCAAAUAACCGAAAAGGAAGAAAGUAAAAAGCUUGAAAAGAAUGCUAAGCAAAGAUUGCAAGCUUUAAAAGCCAAUGAUGAAGAAGCUUAUCUCAAGUUGUUGGAUGAAACAAAGGACCACAGAAUUACUCACCUUUUGAAACAAACUAAUCAAUUUUUGGAUUCUUUGACUGAGCAAGUGAGGGCUCAGCAAGAUGAAGCAAAUGGAACCUUGGCCACCCCAAGAAGCGCUAGUCCUGAAGUUAUGGCCACAAAUGCAACUGCUGAAGAUGGUACAGGUGGUGUACUUGUUGAUAGUAAGGAAGAAUUGCGUGAAAAGACUGAUUAUUAUGAAGUUGCUCAUAAGGUAAAGGAGAGAAUAGAGGAACAACCUACCAUUUUGGUUGGUGGUAAAUUAAAAGAGUAUCAAAUGAAAGGUUUGGAAUGGAUGGUUUCGCUUUAUAAUAACCACCUAAAUGGUAUAUUGGCCGAUGAGAUGGGGUUGGGUAAAACAAUUCAAUCAAUUUCAUUAAUAACCUAUCUCAUUGAAAAGAAGCACGAGUCGAAAUUUUUGGUUAUAGUUCCGCUUUCAACUAUAACAAAUUGGACGUUGGAGUUCGAGAAAUGGGCACCUUCCGUCAAAGUCAUUGUUUACAAGGGCUCACAGCAGCAAAGAAGAUCAAUGCAAUCAGAUGUAAGGUAUGGUAACUUCCAAGUAAUGCUUACUACAUAUGAGUACGUCAUACGUGAGCGUCCAUUAUUGGCUAAAUUUCAUUACUCACAUAUGAUUAUUGAUGAAGGGCAUAGAAUGAAAAAUGCAAAUUCGAAACUUUCUCAGACUUUGAGACAAUACUACAAGACUAAAAACAGAUUGAUCUUGACUGGUACACCAUUGCAAAACAAUUUGCCCGAGUUGUGGGCUUUGCUUAAUUUUGUUUUGCCCAAAAUCUUUAAUUCUGUCAAGUCUUUUGAUGAGUGGUUCAAUACUCCAUUCGCAAACACAGGGGCUCAAGAAAAGAUUGAGUUGACAGAAGAAGAGUCAUUGUUGGUUAUUCGAAGAUUGCACAAAGUCUUGAGACCGUUUCUUUUGAGAAGAUUGAAGAAGGAUGUCGAAAAAGAUUUGCCAGAUAAAGUUGAGAAAGUGUUGAAAUGUAACUUAUCGGGAUUGCAAUAUGUUCUUUACCAGCAAAUGUUGAAGCACAAUGCAUUGUUUGUGGGUGCCGAGGUUGGUGGCGCCAAGAGUGGUAUCAAAGGUUUGAACAACAAAAUUAUGCAAUUGAGAAAAAUAUGUAAUCAUCCAUUUGUCUUUGAGGAAGUUGAGACAGUGUUGGAUUCACUGAAAUUGACGAAUGAUCUAAUUUGGCGAACGAGCGGUAAGUUUGAAUUAUUGGAUCGUAUUUUACCCAAGUUCAAAAAGAGUGGACAUCGUGUUUUGAUGUUUUUCCAAAUGACACAGAUCAUGGAUAUUAUGGAGGAUUUCCUCCGAUUUAGGGACUUGAAGUACUUAAGAUUGGAUGGUUCUACAAAGGCCGAUGAACGUCAAGAUAUGUUGAAGGUAUUUAAUGCUCCUGACUCUGACUACUUUUGUUUUCUUUUGUCGACACGUGCGGGUGGUUUGGGUUUGAACUUGCAAACUGCUGAUACUGUGGUAAUUUUUGAUACUGAUUGGAAUCCUCAUCAAGAUUUACAAGCUCAGGAUCGUGCGCAUAGAAUUGGUCAAAAGAAUGAGGUUCGUAUUUUGAGAUUAAUCACCAACGAUUCCGUUGAAGAAGUGAUUUUGGAAAGAGCUCAUCAAAAGUUGGAUAUUGACGGUAAAGUCAUUCAAGCUGGUAAGUUUGAUAACAAGUCAACUGCUGAAGAGCAAGAAGAGUUUUUGAAACGUUUGUUGGAAGCAGACGCCACUGGAGGUGACAAUGACGAAAAUGAUUCACUUGAUGAUGAAGAGUUGAAUGAGAUUUUGGCGAGAUCGGAACAGGAGAGGGAUUUGUUCACUCAAAUGGAUGAGGAAAGAAAACAACACGAUCAAUAUGGCCAGCACAGGUUGAUUGAAAAAGAUGAAUUACCAAAGAUCUUUACCGAAGAUAUUUCCCAUCAUUUCGAGAAAAAUACUCAAGAGCUUAGUCGCAUGAGAGAAAAGAAGAAAGUUGUCUAUGACGACGGAUUGAGUGAAGCUCAAUGGUUGAAGGCAAUGGAUGAUGACAACGAUAGCGUGGAGGAUGCCAUUAAACGUCGUAUAUCACGUAUCAAUGCAAGAAAGAGAAAUAAGGCAAUCAGAGAAGGUCUUUUGGUUGAAGAUAUAAACGAUGACGAAGUGGGUGAAGAAGAUGAUGAAGAAUUUGAAGCAGUUGCCCAGCCGAGAAAGAGACAACGUCGCUCAAGAACUCCAGUAGCACAUUCCAACAAGGAUGAAGGAGAAGGAUCGGAGUUUGAGGAGGAUGUUGGAAUGAGCGAGGUUGCAACUAAUGGAAAAGUGGUUUCUGAUGGGUUAGAGUCCCGAUGUCUUGCAGUAUUGGAUGAAAUUUUAGAGUUGACAGAUGUGUCAGAUGGACAUAGGGUUAGUGACAUUUUCCUAAAGUUGCCUUCAAGGAAGUCGUAUCCUGACUACUAUUCAGUUAUCAAGAGACCAAUUUCUAUAAAUCAAAUUAAAAAGAAGAUCAAGAAUGAAGAGUACGCUUCAUUUGACGACUUUGUUAUUGAUAUAAGACAAAUGUGCUUAAAUGCAAAGAUAUACAAUGAAGAAGAAUCAUUUGUGUACACUGACGCUACGGUAAUAGAGAAUUUGAUUGAUUCAAAAGUUGGUGGCCAGUGA